ACGCCACACCAUGGCGACAGGGACGCUACCGCUUUUGCUCAGCGCAUACAGACUGCCGUCCAUAGUAUUUGUUUUUAUUCAUUUUAUUCCGAUUCACGGCCAACAGUAUAUCAUCCCGUUUGAAGCUCCUUCAAAUUGCAGUGUGGACGAGUUCUUUGACAUUUCCAGUCUGUCGUGCGCUAGCUGCGGUCCAAAUCAACAACAGAACGCUGCAGGUCUGAGCUGCAUUUGCAAAAGUGGAUUUCGCACUGUAACAACUGAGCAGACGUCCAUUGCUUGUGAGUCCUGUCCAGGAGACAAGCCUGCAGUAACUAAAGAUGGUUUUGGGUGCAUCCGCUGCCCAGGCAGUCUCACUGACAAGGGACAGUGCCAGUGUCCUGCAGGAUACAUCCUUGUGGAGAGGGAUGUCAGUGGUAACAUUUUGGAUGAGGCCAUCUGUGAGAUGUGCAACGGAAAUGGCUCAGCUUUCUCAGUGCCAAACAGCAGCGGAGACAGGUGUGAGAGAUGCCAGCCGUCAUUCAUCAAAAGCUCUUGUGUGUGUAACUCCCCCUCUGUGCUGGUGGGGGGGUUAUGUCUCCCUCCAAGCAUCCUUCCCACUAAUGUCAAUCCCAGUGUCAGCUUUGCUCAAUUGAAGGUCAGUGUGCUGUCUGCCUGGUUCGUCAAAAACCUGUAUUCAUCCGCAGCAGCCUGCCUUAGCUUCUCCAACCUGACGGCGUGCCAGGCCCUCGGCAACAUGUGCGUGAUGAACAUGCACUCUUUCAGCGGGAUGAGCACUGACGCCUGCGGCCUCUUUAACGCCAUCUUCAGAUCGCAGGCCGCUUCCAGUUCCACUCAAGACAUUUCCUACUGGAGACUCAAUCUGCCAUGGCUUUACUACGGCGACGAACCAGGACUUGCAAGUCGAGUCCUUCAGACUGAACCGGUCCCGGUGAGCUUCAUUUUCAGGGGAAGAAACAAGAACAUAGAUAUUAAGCUGCUUGCUGCCGUAUACAACGUCAGAGGAGAGUUCCUCAGAUGGGAAAACAUUGGCGGAUCCAAUCUACAGAUUUGCCCAGAAACAGCCAUCAAACGGUCGUCUGCCUUCAGCUUUGGCACAGCUUACCAAGAAAGCUGCGAGCUUUCCAUCGCAGACCUGGUGCGCACUCAUCCCGAGCCGCUGUUUUAUGAUGUGUUCAUGGACCUCGGUGGAGAAGACGGCAGAAAACUUCUCCCCUUGCCCACUUUGGUGUAUAACCAGCAAUACAAUGGACGCUUCAUCAACCAAGAGAGCAUGAAGAACUGGUACCUGUCUCGGCGUAUGCUUCUUGUCGACACGCUGAGCAGCAGAGAGAAAAGUGUGAGCUCUCUUCCUAAAGUCGUCCGUGUUGCCAGUUCCGUCAAAAUAAGGUUCCAGUUGGUUCCAGGCACACAGGAGGGUCAGGUGUUUCCUCCUUUGCUGACUGUGGAGUACAGAGAUGUCCCCAUCACUGACAUCAACACACAAACUGUGUCUAUGAGCUUUGCUAUGGAGUAUGAGAUGGAUCACAAUGAGGCUCGCAUGAAGACAGAUACUGCUCUCGGUGUGUUGGCUGGUCUGGCUGUGCUCUUAUCAGUGCUAAAGACUGUCAGCUGGAAGAGGAGGAUUGCCUCACCUGUCGUUGACUUGAGGACCAUGCUGAUGUUUUUCUUGUUUUAUGCCGGAGAUCUGGCCAAUGUUUUCCUUGCUGUCACAGUGGGAUCCGGACUGUACUGGCUCAUCCUUUACAAGGCCCAGCAGCAGGCAUCAGUGUUGUUGCCACUGCCUCAUCAAGAGGAGCAGUUUGUGAUGUACAUCAGUUGUGCCUUUGCCCUCAAGGCUGUUCAGUUCAUCCACAAGCUGUUGGUGCACUUGUCUGUUGAUGUCUUCUUUAUUGACUGGGAGAGACCACGCAGCAAACCUAGCAAGACUGUGUCAGCCAAUGGUCAGCAGAAACGUGAUUCCGCCCCUGUCAGCAUCUGGAGGACAUACUUUGUGGCCAAUGAGUGGAACGAGAUCCAGACCAUACGCAAGAUACAGCCGACCUUUCAGAUCAUGGCUGUGCUCUUCUUCCUUGAAGUGUUGGGAUUCUCCAACUUAGCCCUGAGGGACCCCUGGCCAACUUUACAGCGCCCCCCACAGGCGUACACACCUUCAUACAGCCUGAUCAUGCGCUACGGCGUGGCAGCAACACUCUGGCUCUGCUUUGGACUUCUGCAGGUGAUUUUCUUCACUGUGUUUUAUGAGCAUUUUGUGGAAGACAAAAUCCGCCAGUUUGUGGAUCUCUGCUCCAUCAGUAAUAUUUCAGUGCUGGUCUUACCUCACCGCUGUUUUGGCUACUACAUCCAUGGGCGCUCAGUGCAUGGCCACGCUGAUACCAACAUGGAGGAGAUGAAUAAUAACCUGAGGAGAGAAGCAGAGUCAAUGUGUGGCCAAAGAGGUCUUCUUCCCAACACAGACAUCCAGACCUUCCAGGUAGCCCUUUCUACCCGACUGCGGUCCCAUUAUGACAGGAUACGGGAGUCUUUCACUAGGCGUCAUGGACCAUCACGUCUCAUGGACGCAUCCUCAGCCAACCAGAUGGACCAAAACAUCCGGGCCUACCACACCAUGAACCACUUCCUGGGAUCAGUCAUUGAGCAUGCCCACCCUGACAUGGACUACUAUGUGAGGGACAAACUAACAUUUGAGAGGAUCAUGGGCAUGGAGUUCCUUGAACCAAAUGACAAGAGCAUCUUUUACAAUGACGAAGGCCACUCCUUCAGUGAUGUACUCUAUUAUGGAAAUGAGGGCACACUGCUGAUUUUUGACACCCUGUUCUUCUGUGUUGUCGACCUUGUGUCUCAAAGCUUUGUACUUGCAGCCGUGCUGACAUACGUACAGCAGAUGAUCUUUGAAAGAAUUCGCAAUGCCCUCGGAAGGAAGAACCUUGUCAACAAAACUCUGGUGGAUGACAGAUUUCUGAUAUAGGCAUUUAUAAUAUCUAUUAGGGGUGUCACCAGACACUCAGUUCACGAGACAAUACACAACAUUGGGUCUAUGAGAAUGAGACGAGACCAGAUUUUAACUUUUCUUUUAAGAAAAGUACAAUGGAAAAAAUAUAUGACCAAAUAUUGCAAUCUACUAAUAUAAUUUCUACUACGUUAUACUCUUCUGCACUCUGUGUGUAUGCCACAGACCCCGCCUCCACCCACUGAGACAAAGAGACUCUAGAUCUGACAGAAGGUCUCACUCCAUUCAUGCCGUUGUUCUAUGGAACAAAUGCGCCAAGCUGCUGGAACCAAUGCACAGAAUGAAUGAACCCUCUUCCUGCCUGUUUGGAGGCAAGAGACGAGGAAAACAGGCACGCAUGCACGUGGCAAUACAUUGAGGCUGGCAAAAUUAUCGAGUUCAUUUUCAUUUGUUGUGUGAUUAAUUAAUUAAUUUGCGUUCCAGGCUGAGGGCUCACGGGAUAUUUUUUUCUGAAUGAGAAAUCUUGUAAUGUUUUAAUCUUGCAAGAUCUUGUGACACCCCUUGUAUCUAUGUACAUAAUCCAUAGUGAAAGUGUUGUUGAACAGUCAUUUAAUGUAGAUCAUUUUGCUGUAUUUGCAUUUAUUUUUCUGACAGUUUGUACAUACCUAUUUCAUUUUGUAAAUAUAUCUUUUAUAAGUAUUUUUUAAUGAGGAAAAGCUUUUGUA